GUCCUAUUAUUUUUUCUUUGCCACCUGCAUCAACCCACCAUCUGCCCUACUCUUCCUUCUUUUCCCUCCAACUCGAGAGUAGCGGGUCUGCAAGCAGGAUAGGGACACCCAAGACUAUUUCAGACAUGGCACCAAGGAUUGGCGGCGACAGAUAUCAUCACCGCAACAUACAGUUCUCCAGCGCAACAGCAUCUACACGCAUUGACACCCUUCCAGUAGAAAUCCUGUUCUGCAUCAUCGACUCACUCCCACCUCGCUCGAUCCUCAUGCUCGCUCAGGUCUCCUCCUGUCUCCGGACUAUAUCCUUGUCGCAGCUCCUGCAUGCGUACGAUAUCCAGAUUAUUAAUUUGCCCCAGAGCAGCAGCAGCACCCGGAGACAGCACAGCGCACCAAACCUGGACACAGGCAUAGACCUCACAUACGAAGAUGAAGAUAUGUUCAUAAAGGAACGCUCGAGAAUGGGUAUAAAAAAAGUACAGGAGCGGUGGAUGUCAUCUUUCGAGCUCUAUGUCCGGAUGGUUCUCUCAGACCUCUAUUUCCAAGAACGAUGUCCUUCUACAGGGAUGGACGCUUCGAAAAUGGUGACACUGACACUAUCUUGCAGCCAACAAAUCCUGCGCCGCCUCUAUCUCUCAGAUCAACGUAACCACCAAAACCAACCCAAUAAUAACGACGACAACGACAAUGACAGCAACCAUCGUCCAACAUCUUCAAUAAGCCCGACGCACCAUCUGAAUCCUUUUGUCUCCUCGAUCGAGAAUUUACACAUCAUCGCACGAGUCAUCGCAGAUCAGGUCUGUCGAGGAAUCUGUCUUCCCGAGACCGCAGUCCUGAUCCUACAGUGCCUCACAAGCCUACACGAUCAGGAUCACUUCCAAUACAUGAUCCACAACCCAGUCAUGGAUGAGGACUCAACCAUGCUGCCGCCGCAUAGGGAUAAUUGUAUCUCAGUAGGGGUAUUGUCCUUCCAGUAUUUGGUCCCCACGAUCCUAUCGCUCCUUCAACCACCGACAACAAAAAAUCUAUUCUCAAGUACGGCAUCCGAGAGAUCUGUACGACAGAGGGGCAGUGCACACAUCGACCUACAUUCUCGCAUCCAAUGGACGCCCUCUCCCCCACCAUUAUCACUCACAUCCAGCAUAACCACUAGAUCUCUGACAUCCGAUAUACUUCCUACGCAGCAAUCCCUCCUUUCUCCCUUACACAUCCGCUCUCUUCAGCACCUCACCCAAAUCCUCUGUUUCCUCCCCUUGCUCGGUCGACACUUCAACACCCUGCCGACCAGCAUCUUCAUCGACACAUUCUUGAAUCGUUCCCGGGGCGACCUACCGAUCGACCGCGCAGCGGUGCUGGUGUAUGGAUACAUGUGUGUACUGGACCCGGAGACGGGUAAAGCGAAUCUGGCGUCAGAGAGUUAUCGGAUUUUCGAGCGAUCGAUGCCGACGAGGGGAGUGGUCCAGGCAGAGGAGAUUGUGAGGGUCGUGGAGAGGUAUCGAAGAUUGGUGAGGGCAUCUCUGUUCGAGGGAGGGACUGCAGAGUCGGCGAAUUAUCCUUUGCAGGAGUCGGGGUAAGACUGACGAGGAGGGCGGGGCGGUGGUAGAGUGAUAAAGAAAAAAAGAUGAACACUGUUGUGUUCCCCCUUUUGUGAUAUUUUUUUUGUGACAUGGUCAGUGCGCAAGGCUUUAAAAAAGAAGGACGCGUCUAACAUAUUUACGUUUAGAAGGC